AUGGCAAGCCGGGCAAAAGGCGUCACAAGUAUGAACAUUGUCACAAUUUUGGAUGGUAUCAACGAUCGAUUCAGUGUGGGAUUGUACCAGGAUCAGCAGGUAAAUUCACUUGCUUGUGAGAUUGUCAUGUUUGUGCGUGUUGAAAAUCCGGAGCUCUGUGGGUUGGGCAGCCUAGUUGUUGCCAUUGGAAGAGAAGGAGGUGUUGCACCACUGAUUGCACUUGCACGGUCUGAAGCAGAGGAUGUUCAUGAAACUGCUGCAGGAGCACUAUGGAAUCUUGCUUUCAAUGCUAGUAAUGCUUUACGAAUAGUAGAGGAAGGUGGAGUCUCUGCACUUGUUGAUCUCUGUUCUUCAUCAGUGUCAAAAAUGGCACGCUUCAUGGCUGCAUUGGCAUUGGCUUACAUGUUUGAUGGGAGAAUGGAUGAAUAUGCUUUAGUAGGCACUCCAUCUGAAAGUUCUUCUAAGAGUGUAAGCUUGGAUGGAGCUAGAAGGAUGGCUUUGAAACACAUUGAAGCUUUUGUUCUUAUGUUCUCCGAUCCACAAGCAUUUGCGGCUGCUGCUGCAUCAUCAGCUCCUGCAGCAUUAGCACAGGUUACUGAAGGUGCACGUAUUCAAGAAGCAGGACAUCUGAGAUGCAGCUGCAUGCUUCUGUGUGGUGCUGAAAUUGGAAGAUUCAUCACUAUGCUACGAAAUCCAUCUUCUAUACUCAAGGCGUGUGCAGCAUUUGCUCUUCUCCAGUUUACAAUUCCUGGCGGACGACAUGCCACGCACCAUGCUAGCCUCAUGCAGAACUUGGGAGCACCACGAGUUCUGCGUGGUGCGGCUGCAGCAGCAACUGCCCCACUUGAAGCAAAAAUCUUCGCCCGAAUUGUUCUUCGCAAUCUUGAGCAUCACCAGAUAGAUCAUACAGUGUAG